AUGAAUUACGUGCGCUCCAUCACUGGCACAGUAUCCAAGGGCUGGAACUCGAUCAAUCCAGCAACUCUCAGCGGCGCCAUCGAUGUUAUUGUGGUCGAGCAGGAUGAUGGAACCCUGGCAUGCUCCCCGUUCCACGUCCGCUUUGGCAAAUAUCAGAUUCUGCGCCCUUCAGACAAGAAGGUGCAGUUUACUGUCAACGAUGCGAAGCAAGACUAUGCUAUGAAGCUCGGAGAGGGCGGGGAAGCCUUCUUCGUCUUCGAAACCUCCGCCGCGAUCCCCGAAGAGCUUCAGACGUCACCGCUAGCGUCCCCAGCCUCCAGCCCCGAGCAGAAGCCUGUCGAAACACCCACCCCUGCCCUUCCUGAGCCAGAGCUUUUUGAGCUCGAUGGCGCCGGCUCGAUGCGAAGAGCGACCUCUGUCGGCGCAGUGCCACAGACCGAUACCCUCGCCGAGCGCCCCAAGUCGGGCGACUGGUCGGGAAUACAAGUACACCGCUCCAGCAGUGAUGAGAUCUUGCCAUCCGCAAAGGCCGAAUUCGCCAAAUCUUUUGAGGAGAAGGAACAUGGGCCGAUUCAGAUUAGUAAAGACGAAGCAACCGCGUGGAAUAAUUCAAGACGCUCAACUAGCCCGCCGCCGGUGUCCCCGAACGAAGCCAUGGCCCGGGCCAUCAACCUCUCGAAGAAACUAUUCACAUCAAACAUACCAAACAAGGUCACAGAAAGCGGAGAUUUAAUGUUGGAUAUGACUGGAUACAAGAGCAGUGAUGAGGAAGCGCUGCGCGCAGAAGUCAUUGCGAGGAAAAUUCUGUCCGACGAGUUGGAGGGCAACUAUGACAUCGGUGCCUUGAUCGGCGCUGAUGAGAACGGGAAUCUGUGGAUCUAUAGCAGCGAAGAAGCGAAGGCGGCUGCUACCGAGAGAUCCAUGAACUUUUUGAGCAAGGAUGGAAUGCGGUCAACGGACGCCAUAUCGGACCCCGGAUACCAUAGCGACGAUGCGCAGAGCGAGGCCACAGCGGAAUUUCCCCCGCCCAUCCGCAGAGACUCCGACAGUGCCAUUGGCCUAACAACUCCUCCCCAGUCACCUGAAAUGGGUGGCGAGGUAAGGAGCUACGCCAAAACGCUGCGAUUGACAAGUGACCAGCUCAAAGCGCUGGACCUGAAGCCCGGGUCGAACACCAUGAGCUUUACCGUCAACCGCUCGACUUGUACCGCCUACAUGUUCUAUUGGCAGCACGAUACUCCCAUCGUGAUCUCCGACAUCGACGGCACCAUCACCAAAUCUGACGCUCUUGGCCACGUGCUGAAUAUGAUCGGCAGAGACUGGACGCACCAGGGAGUGGCUAAACUAUAUACCGACAUCGUCAACAACGGUUACAACAUCUUCUACCUCACGAGUCGAUCAGUAGGCCAGGCAGACACUACGAGGGCAUACCUGAACGGUGUGAUGCAGGAAGGCUAUCGACUGCCCAAGGGACCCGUGAUAAUGAGCCCUGACCGAACGAUCGCCGCUCUGCGACGAGAAAUCUACCUUAGGAAGCCUGAGGUCUUCAAGAUGGCCUGCUUAAGAGACAUAAUGAGCUUGUUCGGAAAGCCUCCGGGACAGACACCGUUCUACGCCGGAUUCGGCAACCGGUUUACCGAUGCCCUCAGUUACCGCUCAGUGAAUAUACCCUCAACUAGAAUCUUCACUAUCAACUCCAACGCGGAAGUUAGCCUAGAUGUUCUCUCGCUCAACAGUUAUAAAACUGGGUAUGCCAGCAUGCGCGAAAUUGUUGACCACUUCUUCCCUCCUACCGGUUUGCUCGUCCCACCCGGCGGCGAAGACUUCACCGACUUCAACUAUUGGCGACAGAGGCCUCUUGAUAUUGAAGACUUCACCGAUAGCGAGGACGAGGAUGAGGACGAAAAUGCAAUAGGGGGCGGCAGCGUCCGCAGCGAAGACGAAGGCUCAGAGGUCGGGGAGGACCUGGAGGCGAGCUACAUGACGCAGGAAUCCGUCGACGAGACCGGCACUCUUGAGGACUCGAUUGUCGAAAGUGUUGAAGGCGACGAAUACGACGAAGAUGAGGAAGACGAAGUAUCAGACGAGGAAGAAUAUGAUGAGGAAGACGAAGCUGAAGCCGAUACACCAACACGGGAAUUAGACGGCGUCACUGAGCAGUUGGCCGAUCUGCAGCUGAAGGCCCAGACGCCCACACCGCAAGCCAGCCCGAGGAGGUAG